UUUUGGUUUUGCUCGAAAGCACUUCCCCUAUCUUUACAAAACAUAAACAGAAUGUCAGGGGGUAGUUUAAUUUAGAGCUGCAUUAUAGACUUCUCACAAUCACUUUAUUAUCUUUAUUCUAGUAAGCUUUUAAGCGUAGUGCAUAUGUGGAGAAAGACGAACAGUUUUGAGUUCUGCUGAGUUUACUUUUUUAACAGAAAUCGAAAGUAUUGACCUCGGGUGUCUACACGGCUCAACCAUCUAUCAGUGCAGUUGUUUGAAUCACUUAUUUUUUAUUACUUGGAAUUCUUUGAAUGACACACAUUAUUAACAUGCAUUAUUCAGAGGAAGUGAGCAAAUAAAUGAACAUUGUCCUCGCUGGAAACGCUGCUGUCAACCUGAAAGCUUGAUAUACUUCAGUUUUCCAAGUGACAAUUUCAAGAAAUGGCCGCAGCCAGCAAGAAGAUAUACUUCAUCAUCACUGCCAAACCUCCUCCACCAAAUAGCUUCAUUGAUGCUGGUGAAAUAUGCUUCAUAGAUAAACAACAAUAUGAGUCCAGGCAAAGGAGACAGGCUACAGACAUUUUACCUGUAAUUCGUAUGGGCAGGACAGUUGAAAAUGAACUUGAUAAAGUUCUUCUGAAGCCACUGAGCAUCAGGGCAGCAGAAUUACUGCUGGCUGUUGAAUCUAGUGAAGAGAGACUGUUGACACUGAAGCAUCAGAAAGAUUUAGAUGAGGCCCUAAAUCUGACCAUAGGUGAUCGUGUUUUUGUGGAAUACAAUGGGGAAAAACUCAAAGGUAUAAUUCGAUACAUUGGUAGUAUUAUCAAUUACAGCAGUAAUCCUAUAACAGGAACAUUCUUUGGGGUGGAACUACAGGGGGAAGACAAAGGAAAAGGGCAAAAUGAUGGUUCCUUUAACUACAAAACCUGCUUUAAAUGUCCCAAAAACUCAGGAGUUUUUGCUCCUUUUACAAGAAUCACACCAAUUGAUCAUAAGCCAUCAGCACCACCAGUAUCAACUCCUCUGCCUCUAUUGUCCAUGACAUCUAAUGAGCCUCUUGAUGUUGGAGACAGAGUAAUCUAUUUUCUUGAAAAUAAUCCUCACCAUGGCAUGGUUAUGGAUAUAAAGAACAGCCAAGAUGGUAAAAUGGUUCUCAUAUCUACUGAUAAAGAUGAAGAGGGCAAGCAAGGUGGAGAGAUAUUAAUCCCACUGGAUUGCACAAUGAAAGAGGAGUUGUUAGAUAAUGAUGAAAAAAUGGACACUUCACAGAACCAAGAGAUGGGAAGCGCUUCUGAUUCAGGAGGAAUCUCUGUUGGCUCCCUAGUGCAGUAUCUGGACAAUAAACUUGGAAUUGUCCGCUGGAUUGGAUAUCUACCUGAUUUUUCUGAGAAGAGUGCUGGGCUGGAAGUGGAGACAGGCAGUGGAGUGUGUGACGGAAAAUAUAAAGGAAAACAGUACUUUGACUGUCCUUCUAAAGGUGGUUUAUUUGUAAAACUGUCAGUUUGUCGGCCUGAUGAUUCUGUCUCUGGUGCAAAUGAGAACAAAUCGAAUGGAUACAUUGAUCAUGAUGGGGUGUCUGUGGAAGUAGAAAAUGUACCACCUAUUAGAACAGAAGAUGUGUCACAGCGAUUGAUAGGCCAGAACAAGGGCAUUCAGGGUCACUGCAACUCUUGUUAUAUGGACUCUGCACUGUUCAGUGUGUUUUCCUGUUCAUCAGUUCUGGAUUCUCUGCUUUUUAAGUCUAUACAUCACGAGGACAAAACCAUUCAAGAGAUCUUGCUGAAGAACAUCGUCAACCCUCUUCGCAAACAAGGUUUUGUGUCAGCGCGCAGUGUGAUGAAUCUUCGGAAACAAUUACAAAAACGGGAACACUGCCCCACUUACACCACAGAUGAGAAGGAUCCUGAAGAGUUCCUCUCUCUCAUCAUGCAAGAGAUUCUCUUUCUUGAUCCACUGCUCAGUCUCUGCCAAUCAGGAAGUAGACACAAAGUGCAAAGCUGUUACUAUUAUCAAAUCUUUAUGGAUUAUAACCACCAUUUAGUCCUGCCAACAGUUCAACAGCUACUAGAACAUUCUUUUUACAGCAACAGUCUCAAACUAGCAGAGGUUCCUGCCUGUCUGAUUCUCACGAUGCCUCGCUCAGGAAAGAGUUUUAAAAUGUUUCCUAAAAUCAUUCCUUCUACUGAACUGGACAUCACUGGUCUUCUCGCUGAUAGUCCUCAGCAGUGUGUGUUGUGUGGUCAUCUGGCAAAUGAGGAGUGCGCUGAAUGCUUUAGAGACGCACUGUUUAGUGAUACAGGAUUCAAAUAUUUCUGUUCCAAAUGUUCCACUCAGGUUCACUCUCACCAGCAGCGUCGACACCACACUCCCAGCAGUCUUCAUCUUCCUCAGGGCUUCUCUUACUCUGAUUCACUCACGCCUCCACCAGAGAAACUGGAGCUGUUUGCUGUACUGUGCAUAGAGACCAGCCACUACGUCUCUUUCGUCAAACAUGGACCUCGGGAUACUGACUGGAUCUUUUUUGAUAGUAUGGCUGACCGUGUUGGUGAAAGCAAUGGUUAUAAUAUCCCCGAAGUGCGUGCUUGUCCUGAGGUUGGCCAGUAUUUGCACAUGCCUUUGGCUCAGCUGGCAAAUCAAGUGCCUCGAGAAAUGGAUGGUGUGGCGAAACGACUCUUCUGCGAUGGCUACAUGUACCUUUACCAGAGUAAGAGCAUGUCUCUAUAUCGAUGAGUGAAUCUACUUUACAUGUACAAUAAACGAGAGUGUGCAAUCCGA